UGUGCUGAAGGCACAUGGAGCAGAGCUGCUGGGGAGAGAGAAUCGGGAUGUGGUGCAGCAUGGCUGGGACGCUGCAGCUCCUGGCUUGUCCCAUGGUAGCCAUUUGUCUCCUUCUCCCUGAGAUGACUGCAACCCACUACUAUGCAGGGCAGCCCAUGGACAGCACCAACGUGGGAGGUGGCCUGCAGGAACCAGAGGCCCUGGAAGUGAUGUUUGAGGUCUUUCCUCCCAGCCUGGGACAUGGGGGUGGGAGUGUUCAGAAGUCCCUAAGUUUAGGGUUGGGAAGGGGGAUGCCUCAGGGGAGUCUGUGGGGGUGGGAAGACAGCCCAGCAUGGGUCCGACCUCCUGCUUUUGCUCUCCCUCCCACGCAGCCCACUUGCUCCCUGCUCUGCUCUGCAGGCCCUGGCCCACCCCUUACAUGGCUCCUCUUACAGCUGCUCUGGGCUGGGCUGGAGCUGGAUGUCACAGGGCAACUGCACAUCCAGGACGAGGAGCUAGCGUCCACACGUCCAGGCCGCCGUCUCAGGCUCCUCCUGCAGUACCAUGUGCCCAGCGACUUACAGGGUGCUGAGCAGCGGCUGCAGCAGUUCCAAGACCUGCGGAAGGGGCCUCCUCUUAGCCCUUGGGACUUUGAACACCUGCUCCUUACAGGCCUGUCCUGUGUCUACCGGCUCCAUGCAGCUAGUGAGGCUGAGGAGAGGGGUCGCUGGGCCCAGGUCUUCAUCCUCCUGGCACAGGAAACACUUUGGGACCUGUGCAAGGGUUUCUGCCCCCAGGGCCAGCCCCCUUCAUUGGUACUCUGGGCCUCAGUCCAUAACCCCUCCCCCUGACCUGCCCCUCUCACCUCCAUUUCUCUCUCCCCUCCCUCUUCCCAACCCAGACCCACCCUGGCAAAGGGCUUCCACCUAGUACCUGAUUCUGCCCACCAUGUUCAGAUCUCUGGGCUAAACCCCUCCCUCUACUGACCCUACCCUAUCUUGUUCCCUGGACCCCGACAGGCUAGGAAUCCAGGUCCUGGGUCCCAAGCAGCAGGCACAGUUAAGGGCAGGUCUUGCAGGCAGUGGUUGAGGUCAGGGAUCAGGGUUGAGAAGUGUUUAAGAGAUGCAGAAAAGGAGGCUACCUCGGGGUCAAGACCACUAAGUGCCCUGGCUGUCUGGGACUUCCAGGAACCAAGGAGGUGCUCAGCACCAGGUCCUAACGUUCAUACCCCCUUUUAGCCAACGGAAGGCUCUGUGGUCCCUGAGUCCGCAGGUUCCCCUUCUGGGCAGGGAGAAUAGAUUGGACUUUUUGAGAUCUGUUGACGGAGUGGUGGGAAAUGAGUGGAAGACUGUUACCUCUUUUGGGGAAAGGGGAUGAAGAAUGUCUUUCAGCCCAUCUCAGCGAGCUUCAGAUGUGCGCCUCAGAGUGGGGAGUAAGAGGAGAGGACCAGCAGAGAGACAAGCUGAGUGGGCUGGGGUGGGUAUGGCCCUGAUUCUGUGCAGUCCUUUCCAUAAAACCUUCUGUCCUGGCUUCCUGGAGCCUAUGUCAUUCUGUCUGAGCAGGGUGUCCAACCUCUGCCCGGCCCUGAGCUCACCACCUUCCCAUCCGGGGAGAGCAGGAAUCAGGGCAACCAG